AUGUCGGACUCGUCGCGAAACACCGCAGCAGAAGAUGAUAUCUACGAUCUGAUCUGCGUUGGCUUCGGUCCAGCCUCUCUCGCAAUAGCCAUCGCGAUACACGAUGCUCUAGACCCACGCUUAUCCGGACAGCCACCAGCAGCCAAGCAGCCAAAAGUAUGCUUCCUCGAGAAACAGAAAGCGUUCCAAUGGCAUGCAGGCAUGCUGCUGCCCGGAUCCAAGAUGCAAAUUUCGUUCAUCAAGGAUCUCGCCACAGUGCGCGAGCCGCGCAGUGAUUUCACUUUCCUGAAUUAUCUCAAGGCACAAGGGAGACUGCUGAGCUUCUCCAACCUGGGCACCUUUUUGCCUUCGCGACUUGAGUUUGAGAAUUAUAUGCGCUGGUGCGCCGCUCGGUUCGAGAAUGUCGUCGCAUACGGGCAGGAAGUGCAGGAGGUGGUGUCCGGGGCCGCGUCCUCUGGAUCGGUCGAUUCGUUUCUCGUUCGCUCAAGAGACCAGGCGUCCGGCCGCGUCUCAACCCGGAGAGCAAGGCAUGUGGUGAUUGCCGUAGGAGGAAAGCCCAAAUUGCCGCCUGGCUUCCCUCAAACCGCACGUAUCAUGCACUCAUCAGCAUACUGCACUGCCUUGCCGGGCUUGUUGAAGAACCAGUCCAGUCCAUACCACAUCGCUGUUCUCGGCGGCGGCCAAAGUGCAGCUGAGAUAUUCCACGACCUGUCUCAGAGAUAUCCGAACGCGAAAACGACAUUGAUCUUGAGAGACUCGGCUCUGCGGCCCAGUGACGAUUCUCCAUUUGUCAAUGAAAUCUUCGACCCGGAGCGAGUUGACGGCUUCUAUGCGCUUUCGCCAGAAGAACGAAAGAGCUCGAUUGCCGCGAACCGAGCCACCAACUACAGCGUGGUGCGGCCCGAAUUGAUCGAGCAGAUAUACCAGGACAUGUACAUGCAGCGGAUCAAGCACGCCGACGCGUCCAAGUGGCAGCACCGCAUCUAUACCCACCGCACGAUAGACCACAUAGACCACGAGGACGACAACCGGUUGAAAAUCCACCUUGUCCCCGCCGACGGCAGCCGUCGUCAUCCACACGAAAUCCUCGCGGUAGACGCGCUGAUGGUCGCCACCGGAUACAGUCGCAACGUGUACGAAGACCUGCUGGCCAAAGUCGCGCAUCUUCGGCCCCGAGAAUCUGCCGACAAAAGCUGGGACGUCAACCGCAAUUAUAGCGUGAGUCUGGAUCGGGGGCGAGUCAGCCGGCGCGCAGGUAUCUGGCUUCAGGGUUGCAACGAGAGCACCCAUGGGCUCAGCGACAGUCUGCUCUCCGUGCUGGCGUCGCGAGGCGGAGAGUUGGUCGAGUCGAUCUGGGGCGAGCACUUGGCCAAGAAGAGGCCCCAAGUUAAGCGAGCUGUUUUGUGA